AAUUUGACAGUCUUGGAAAAACCUAAUGUAGAACAAAUAUUGUUAGAGGAGGAAAACAGAAAGAGAGAAAGAGAGAGAGAAAAAGAAAAAGAGAGGAUAUUUCGGAGGAUAGUUCGGAAUAAAUUCAAGAGCACAGAAGGAGAAGAGGUUCCGACUAGUCAGUCGGUCGUUGCAUUCAUCGAUCACUGGUAGCAACGCGUAGAUCCCGCUAAUACGAACAAUCAUUUGCAAAGAAGUACGUGAGCGGAAAGAUACAAAUAUGAUGUUCAGAAAAAUUGGUGUGAUAUCUAGAAGGAAGGAAUAUCUUUUGAAUCUGGUUUGCCAGGCUGAGAGAAAUCGUCGAUCUAUAACGUCACAAGAAGUUUUCGAACGUGAAUCAAAAUAUGGCGCUCACAACUAUCAUCCCCUUCCCGUUGCGUUAUGCAAAGCGGAAGGAGUUUUCAUGUGGGACGUUGAGGGCAAGCGCUAUUAUGAUUUUCUGAGUGCUUAUUCUGCCGUUAAUCAAGGUCAUUGCCACCCAAGAAUUUACAAGGUUUUGAUCGAACAAGCGAAGGUUUUAACAUUAACUUCUCGUGCUUUUUACUCGGAUGCAUUAGGAGAAUUCGAAGAAUAUGUUACGAAACUUUUCGGAUAUGAGAAAUGGCUUCCGAUGAACACAGGAGUAGAAGGCGGAGAAACUGCUUGUAAACUAGCACGCAAAUGGGCUUACACGUGUAAAGGUAUACCACAAUAUCAAGCGAAAAUUGUUUUUGCGGAAGGUAAUUUUUGGGGUAGAACAAUGAGUGCGAUAUCCUCAAGCACGGAUCCUAGUAGUUAUGGUGGAUUUGGUCCAUUCAUGCCUGGAUUCGAGGUGGUGCCGUACAACGAUCUCGCAGCGCUUCAACAAACUUUGGCCGAUCCUCAUGUUUGUGCUUUCAUGGUGGAACCCAUCCAAGGAGAAGCUGGUGUCGUCGUACCAAAGGAUGGCUAUCUGAAGGGUGUGAGAGAAUUAUGUACGAAGUACAACGUUUUGUGGAUUGCCGACGAAGUACAAACUGGUUUAGCAAGGACAGGAAAACGAUUGGCCGUAGAUCAUGAAAAUGUAAAACCUGACAUUUUGAUCCUUGGAAAGGCUCUGUCCGGUGGUUUCUAUCCUGUUUCUGGUGUAUUAGCCAAUGAUUCUGUAAUGUUGACUAUAAAGCCUGGUGAACAUGGCUCGACUUAUGGUGGCAACCCUCUAGGAUGCAGAGUUGCCCUUGAAGCGCUUCGCGUGCUAGAAGAAGAAAAAUUAGCGGAAAAUGCCGAAAAGCUCGGACAUAUUCUCCGAAACGAGCUUAACAAAUUACCAAAGAAUGUAGUUACUCUUAUUCUUAAAAUGCAGCCGAUUAUAACGUCACGAAUCUUUAAUUUAACGAAAAGAAUGAAUUUAAAAAGAUCUCUGAGUUCGCAAGAACUGAUCGAUCGUGAUAUGAAAUAUGGCGGUAGACAUUUCAAACAACUUCCGGUGGUCCUCGCGAGGGGCGAAGGCGUUUAUUUGUGGGACGUCGAAGGAAAACGGUAUCUCGAUUUUUUAGCGGGUUUCUCAACGGUCAGUCAAGGUCAUUGUCAUCCACGCUUGGUGAAAAUAAUGAGAGAACAAGUGGGGAAGCUCGCUCACACGUCCAGAGCUUUUUAUUCGGAGCCUCAUGGUGCAUUAGCAGAAUAUUUGACGAAGCUUUUGGGUUGGGAUAAAUUCUUGCCGAUGAAUACUGGAGUUGAGGCAGCUGAAACCGCUGUUAAGGUGGCUAGGCGUUGGGGUUAUAGAAUAAAGAAGAUACCUUCAGAACAGGCAACCGUUGUCUUUGCAAAAAAUAACUUUUGGGGACGUUCUAUAGCUGCGUUGUCUGCAUCUACAGACCCAAAUUGCUAUAUCGAUUUCGGACCUUAUGUUCCCCGCUUCGACAAAGUGCCAUAUAAUGAUCUUAAAGCUUUGGAAGAAAAAUUUGAACAAGAUCCAACCAUUUGCGCGUACAUGAUGGAACCAAUUCAAGGAGAAGCUGGUGUCGUGAUACCUGAUGAUGGUUACUUGAAAGGUGUACGAGAUCUGUGCAACAAAUACAACGUAUUAUGGAUUGCUGACGAAAUCCAAACUGGUUUAUGUAGAACAGGCAAACGAUUGGCGGUAAAUCACGAAAAUCAACGACCAGAUAUUCUCGUAUUAGGAAAAGCAUUGUCUGGAGGGUUAUAUCCUGUUUCUGGUAUUUUAGCGGACGAACAGAUAAUUAUGUGCUUAGAAACCGGGUCCCACGGUAGCACUUUCGGUGGAAGUCCACUUGGUAAUAGAGUCGCUCUAGAAGCAGUUAAAAUUUUGGAAGAAGAAAAUCUUGCAGAGAACGCGUACAAGCUUGGAGAAAUUCUACGAAAGGAAUUACAAAAACUUCCGAAAGACAUAGUGGUAGAAUUUCGAGGUCGAGGCCUGUUGGCUGGUUUAGUGAUCAAUAAAGAUUUUGCCGAAGGAUGGGAUAUUUGUUUGAAAUUGAAAGAAGCAGGUUUGCUGUCUAGACCCGCACAUAGUCAAAUAAUAAGAAUAUCACCUCCACUCACGAUCACAAAAGAACAACUUCAAGAAGGUCUUCACAUACUCACCACUGUCCUUAAAAACUACAAAUGAAUUAGUUAUCAUUAUACAGGUAACUCUCUUAUAGGUUUAUACAAAUCUAUCAUCUUGCAAUGAAAAAUCAUAACUCUUAAUCUUCCUGCCUUAAAAAAAGUAUAUAAUAAUAUAAAGUAUCAUCUAUUUUUGUAAAUAAAUAAUUGAUUUCUAAAAAAUAAAUUUACUUUUAAGUU